AAUUGAGCUGAAGUGUACAUCGCAACGCAGAGGAAAAAUACAUAUUAGAAUAUUGUUUAAAGAAACACGGUAUAUUUGAGGUUAACUUUUCUUUUUCUUAGGUGUGACGACGAUAAAUGUUUUGUUUAAUUUGCUAUUUGAGACAGUAUGUGAUUUAGUUUGCACAGUGACGGCAAAUCUGCUAAGGAAAAAGCUAGCUAAUACUAGCUUCUUUCCUCGGAGGAUAACUCAAACCAUUUUGUGCCAAGCUUGACAACGCUGGCCGAAUUAGUAAGCAAUCUUUAAUCGUUUAAUUUAUUUCAUUUACAAUAUCGGAAUUUCCUAUCGCUGUAUUUGAGAGCCACUGUCAUAAAGGUAGGCAAUCUUUUCAUACUCCUCUGCGUACAAAGGGGUGAUGGCCUACUGACCUGGUUAGGUUACCGAGCGUAGGAUCCGAUUUCAUACGAAAACGAAAUAUUUGCAUUGGAUCUGGGAGUGAAAUUCAAAGCCCGAAAAUGGUCCAGAAAGACAAAACGAUAGAGUCAUCCCAGUCAGAGAGCGAACCGAGUCUUAGUCCAGGAUCAACGGAUCCUUGUGUCGAAGCUCCUGGUUCAGUUGAGGAGCCGACUGUCGAGAUCGAGAGAACUGGACGGAGAAAAUUUAUUAGCGGUGUAGUUGAAGGCUUUUAUGGCCGACCAUGGACGAUGGAACAAAGAAAAGAACUUUUCAGAAGACAGCAGAAAUGGGGAUUAAACACUUAUCUGUAUGCACCGAAGGAUGACUAUAAACACAGAAUGUUUUGGAGAGAGAUGUACUCAGUUGAAGAAGCAGAGCAACUUAUGAUUCUGAUCAGCGCUGCAAAAGAGCAUGGCAUUGAGUUCAUUUAUGCCAUCUCCCCUGGGCUGGAUAUCACAUUUUCUAACCAGAAAGAAGUAUCAACCCUGAAAAGGAAGCUGGACCAGGUCUCUCACUUUGGCUGCAAGUCCUUUGCGCUACUGUUUGAUGAUAUUGAUCACAACAUGUGUCCAGCUGAUAAGGAGGUUUUCAGCUCCUUUGCACACGCUCAAGUGUCAGUCACCAAUGAGAUAUUCCAGUAUCUGGGAGAGCCUGAAACGUUUUUAUUUUGCCCCACAGAAUAUUGUGGAACAUUUUGUUACCCAAAUGUGUCUCAGUCCCCUUACCUGCGCACAAUCGGUGAGAAGCUUCUGCCAGGUAUUGAAGUAUUGUGGACAGGUCCAAAAGUAGUUUCUAAAGACAUAACAGUUGAAUCUAUUGAAGAGGUUUCAAAGAUUCUAAGAAGAGCUCCAGUCAUUUGGGACAAUAUUCAUGCCAAUGACUACGAUCAGAAAAGGCUUUUCUUGGGACCAUAUAAGGGCAGGUCCACAGAGCUCAUACCCCGUCUCAGGGGGGUGCUCACCAACCCCAACUGUGAAUUUGAGUCCAACUUUGUGGCCAUUCACACGUUAGCCACGUGGUACAAGUCAAACAUGAAUGGAGUGAGGAAAGACGUGGUGAUGACGGACAGCGAAGACAGCACAGUAUCCAUCCAGAUCAAGCUGGAGAAUGAGGGCAGUGAUGAGGAGCUGGAGACAGAUGUGCUAUACAGCCCACAAAUGGCUCUGAAACUUGCACUUACCGAAUGGCUGGGAGAGUUUGGGGUGCCUCAUCAGUACAACAGUCGCCAGGUGUCUCACAGUGGGCCAAAGACUUCUCCUGUUGAUGUAACAACCGUGGGCACCCCUAGCCUGGGCUCCUCCACUUCUGUCACCACCGUCUUCCAGCAGCCAAUCAUGAGCCAGGGGCCGAUUGGCGAAGAGCCCCCUGUGCUGGCCAAAUCAGGGGAGGUGGAGAAAAAGGAGUCUGAGGAGGAGCCCAUGGAGAUGGUGCUUGAAAAAGUAGAUGAGACAGAAGACACGAAGAACGUAAACCAGAUCCUCACAGAGAUUGUCAAGGCCAAGAUGACGGAGGAACUGAAGCCCAUGGACACGGACAAAGAGAGCUUGACCGAGUCAAAGUCUCCUGAGAUGUCCAUUCAGGAGGACUCAGGCAGCGACAUUGCACCCAUGCAGACCGACGAGCAGCUCAACAAGGAGACCUACAUCCCAGGGCCGAACGAGAAGCCUCUGUACACCGCCGAGGCUCUGACGCUGGAGGACUUGACACUGCUGGCUGAGCUGUUUUAUCUGCCUUAUGAGCACGGGCCCAAAGCUGUGCAGAUGCUCAAAGAGUUCAACUGGCUCCGCGCCAACAGCAGCGUCGUCAGCGUAAACUCCAAAAGCAAAGAUGCAGAGAAGGUGACCGAGUGGCAAUCAAGAGCAGAACGGUUCGAAGAGAUGUGUUGCUCUGUGAUCCAGAUGUUCACAAGACUCUCCAACUCCGCCAACAGGACCAUUCUUUACGACCUGUACCCUUACAUCUGGGACAUAAAGAGUAUCAUCUCUAUGGUGAAAUCAUUUGUUCAGUGGUUAGGGUGUCGUAGUCAGUCCUCAGCACAGUUCUUAAGUGGAGAGCAAGAGCCCUGGGCCUUUAGGGGCGGUCUAGCGGGAGAGUUCCAGCGAUUGUUGCCGAUAGAUGGGGCAAACGAUCUGUUCUACCAGCCGCCACCCGCAAUGCCAACUUCCAAAAUCUAUACCAUAAGACCAUAUUUUCCCAAAGAUGAGCCUGCGGUUUAUAAAAUCUGCAAAGAGAUAUACAACGAAAAAUUUGAUGGAACCCCUUUCUCAGAGCAGGAACCAGACCUAAUAGGAGACAGGCUGGUGGGAGGCUUCCUUACACUUAGCCCAGAUUACGGCUUUGUGUUGGAAGACGAUGAGGGUAUCUGUGGUUACGCACUGGGCACAGUAGACGUUAAACCCUUCGUGAAAAAAUGCAAGAUGAGCUGGAUCCCGUUCAUGCAGGAGAAAUACAACAAACCUGACGUGGAGAAGGACCUCUCUGAAGCUGAGAAAAUGAUGCUGAGCUUCCACGAGGAAGAGGAAGGUUUGCCAGACUCCUUCCUCAGCAAUUUCCCAUCUCUCAUUAAAGUUGACAUUCAUACAAAGGUCACUGAUCCCAGUGUAGCAAAGAGUAUGAUGGGAUGUCUCCUCUCAUCACUAAAAGCCAAUGGGUCCCAUGGUGCUUUCUGUGAAGUCAGGCAGAUGGACAAACGAAUGUUAGACUUCUACAGCAAACUGGGCUGCUUUGAAGUGGCCAAGAUGGACGGCUUCCCGAAAGAUGUUAUCAUUAUGGGGAGGAGCUUAUGAGACAGAGCUGGGUGUUAUUGGGUGGACUGAAUUAAAGUGUAUAGAGCUCUUCUUCAUCUGUCACCACUACCUUCCAAAUGACCAUCAUUGUCAUUUUUGUAAUCAUCCAGACUUCUUGGUUUGUCAAGGUAGUUCAUUUUUGCGGAUUGUUCUCUCAGACGUUGCUGAAUGCAGCCGUGUAAAUUAAAGAGCCUCUGAUGUGAUGCUUUGCCAAACAAAGGUUUAAAAACAUAAGGGUUUGGUCUCUGACCUACACUUGGAUCUGGCCUUUUCCAUUAGUCCCUCAGACCUCUUUAGAUCUUGUACUGGUGAUGGGGUCGAUUUGCAUGGGUGCAUGUGUGUUUGUGUUUGUGAGAGGUCUAAAACAACUGGUCCUCUAAGCAUACACCAGCUUGCGUUGGCCAGCUGGCCUCUGUUCCAUUAAACCCAUGAUAAAAGCGGAUCCAGAUCCAGAUCCCAUGCAUUGCAGGGAGGUUUUUACAAGCUGUGACUGAGAGGAAAGGCCUGAGUGAACAUCAGUAUGGGCAGCAUCUCUUCAGGGCCCUCCAUGUCGAAGCAGCGUUCUGAGAGCUUGGUAAUUCACAGUCUCCAUCUGUGCCGCUGCAGUGAAUCUCAAACGCUCUGCAGAUGUUUCAGACGGCCCACUUCAGAAAACUUCUGCCAGUGUUUAGUUUCAACGAACAGAGCCCUAAAACGGGAAAGCGCCCUUAUGUGGUUUGCUGACAGAACGAAGGCACGUGUGCAUUGUGCAUGUCAAAGGGCCUUAGAUUAAAACUUAAAUGUCAUUGAAAACAGAUGAUGGUUCAUAUGAGAACAUAUGAUGAGUCAUGCUGAAACUGCAUGUUUUUUUUGUUUUUUGGGUUUUUUUUGCUGCUCCCCUGAAGCCUCUAUCAGAAGUAUACUGACAAUGCAUUUUUGUUUACUUACACUAAUGCCUUCAGACCUGUUGCCUUCUCUAGUGCAUCACUAAGUUAAAGUGGUAUUUUUUUUCUCCAAAUGCAGAUAUAAAGACAAAAUCACAUCCUGC